ACCUGUUUAGUUGGUUGGGUGACGUUCCUCUGUUGUGAUUUGUCGUGUUUAGUUAAUUUAUUGUGAUAACGCAAUUAUUUUGUGAAACAAACCGAGUGCGAAAUAUGAUUACAAGCGGAACUGACAUUGGAUAACUGCAGUGAUCAAAGUUGAGUGCGUUGAUUGAUAUUGGAAAUGCGUGUGUGUUAUUAAACUACAUGUUUUGUUGUACAGAAAAUAGUGUUGAGAAAUGGGUGACAGGUUAAAACAUCCUUUUAAAGUGAAAAACGGAGCUUUAUGAUGGAUUGCUUACCGGAAUUUUCGCCUCUCAGUCCCGGGCUGAUAGACGAGCUGGAGGCGUUCAUGGGCCCUGCCAGCGAGGGUUGUUACCUGCAGCCCAUCGAUGUUCGUCGGGUUGGGGGCCAUCAACUCCCAGAAAGUCCACCAGACUCCAGCUCAGAGAACCCUUACAGUCCAGAGACCCAGGUGUCCCACACCCUCGCGGUCUCGCAGACAAUCCUGGGCGCAGACUACAUGCUCGUCCCGGAGCACAUCAACCUGCACGAGGUCUUGCAACAUAACGGGGAGUAUAUUUACGAGGAGAUCAAGGAUAACCUGGAGCCAGAGGCGCUGAGAACCCCGAGCGAUGUGCUGGUGUUGCCAGAUGAGAUCAUUCGGAACAGGGAUGUGGGGAUGCCAGACUACCAAAAUAGGUACAUGAGGGUGGACAUGCCGGAGCAAGGUCUGAUGACUCCGCAGCUGGUCGGUGCGGACGUGGGCUCGGUAUAUACCAACUUGCCGGAGCCUGGCUCCAAGAAGAGGAAGCUGUCGCAGGAUGUCAACCAGGUCAAAUGUGAACCAGCGGCCCUGUCACCAGAAACAGCGACAGUACGGCCUCCGCCUUCCGUAGACGGCUCGGAGGCUGGUGAUGACGCCCCCCUGCAGUGCAUCCGGUUCUCCAGCUUUCAGCAAAAUACCUGGCACUCACUCUUUGAUGCCAACUUGAAACCCAUUCCGACACCCACGUACGUGGUGGGUGCUGAUAAAGGAUUCAACUUCUCCCAAAUAGACGAGGCAUUCGUCUGCCAGAAGAAGAACCAUUUCCAAGUGACCUGCCAGAUACAGGUGCACGGGGAGCCGGAGUACGUUAAGACAGCAGACGGCUACAAGAAGAUACACAACUUCUGUUUGCAUUUCUACGGUGUUAAGGCAGAAGAUCCCUGUCAAGAGGUUCGAAUAGAGCAGAGUCAGUCUGACAGAACAAAGAAACCUUUCCACCCCGUCCCGGUUGACAUGCGGCGCGAGGGUACGAAGAUCACGGUGGGCCGUUUGCACUUUGCGGAGACUACUAACAACAACAUGAGGAAGAAGGGCCGCCCCAACCCUGACCAGAGGCACUUCCAGUUGGUGGUGGCACUCAAGGCACACGUGCAGCACUCUCAGAGGGUGCACUGCAUCGUGGCUGCGAGCGCGAGUGACAGGAUCAUUGUAAGGGCAUCGAACCCGGGCCAGUUCGAGAGUGACUGCAGCGAGGGCUGGUGGCAGCGCGGCGUCUCCGAGAACAGCGUGCACUUCUCGGGCCGCGUCGGCAUCAACACCGACCGUCCGGACGAGUCUUGUGUUAUCAACGGCAACCUGAAAGUGAUGGGCCACAUAGUCCAUCCGUCUGACGCGAGAGCCAAGCACAACAUCGAGGAACUGGACACGGCGCAGCAACUCAAGAACGUCCAGAGCAUCAGGGUGGUCAAAUUCAACUACGACCCGUCAUUCGCGGAGCACUCUGGCCUGGUGGGAUGGGACCGGCGUUCUUCGUCUCGCGACACUGGUGUACUAGCUCAGGAGGUUCGCCGAGUGAUCCCCGACGCUGUCAAGGAGGCGGGAGACGUCGCCUUGCCCAACGGAGACACCAUACCCAAGUUCCUCGUAGUUAACAAGGAUCGAAUCUUCAUGGAGAACCUGGGUGCUGUGAAGGAGCUCUGCAAAGUGACGGGACACCUGGAGUCCCGCAUUGAUCAGCUGGAGAAGGUCAACCGUAGACUGUGCAAGAUUGGUGCGCUGCAGCGACGAGACAGCGCAAGGUCUUGUGGCAGCAGUGAUUCUCGUCUGUCAGGCGUGUCGACAUCAUCGAAGUCUCUGUACAGCGACGGCAACAUCUCUAUUGAGCAAAUCCGCGACAUCGCACGAAGCAUACGCCGUCACGAAUGUUGCCACAAACUCAGCCACAACUCACCCAAGUACACCCGCAAGCAGUGUAAGAACUGCCACGCCUCCAAAUACGGGAAAUAUUACAAUUACAACAAAACCAGCGUUCGCUACCAUUCGAAGGGUUUAGAAAAACCAGAGUUACCCACUUAUGUUGGCACUUUAGAGUCAGAUGUACAUAAAGUUGAAAGUCCUGUGCCUUCGACGAAAAAAGAUGGCUUGUGGUUGAGGGAUGAGGAAAACUUUGGAUACGGCAAUGUCAACACUAUGGCGUUCUGCUGUCGGAAGAGUGGAUACGAAGGAAAUGAACUGGUGUCGAAUAAAUUUUUACAAGUUGUCAUCACGAUUCUGAUCUUCAUUAUGGCCGUUUGUCUGGUCGUGAUGUCGGCUCUGUACUUCCGGGAGCAUCAGGAACUGCUAACCAUGAAGGAGAUCCGGAUGCACGAGAAGUUCUCCGCCUACCCUCACUUUGGUAAACUAAACGCGAACGCGCCGCAUCGCGCCACGCCUCCUGACCUCAACCAAAUACAUAAUUCAAAACCUCAACACACAGGAACAAAGAAGACAAACAGAGAGAAAGUGCCCCACAAAAGCCCGGAGUACACGUCACUCGAGCCGCCUCUCCCCUCACCGACCACUAUACACGCCUCUAGAAACUAUGUUAAGAAUAUUCUACACAUGGAGCAAAGUACCGCCGCCCCGCGCUGGCAAGGUCCGAUGUUUGUGAGCCGGGUUGCUGACGUCAUCGGGUCUGGUUGCACCUUCACUAUCAACACUGACAACGAACUCGACGCCGAGUGUCAGUCAUCCUGUGGCUUGGAUUCGCCUCAGACUUACGAGAACCAGGAACCCCUUGAGCGUACAAAGCCGGAGAAAGAACUGAAUGAGACCUUCGUCAGACCCCUGGAACCGGCUGUCAGAGAUAAAAUCCAGAUCCCCAUCGAACGGAACCAUUCAGAGAGCAAAGACAAAGACUUCAAAAAGGAGAUGAAAGAAGAGAUCAUCGCGGAGUCGAACUUCUUGGAGAACAAGAAUGUGAGCGAAGUUCGUUUGAGGAGGGAGGUGGGGGAAGAUAAUCCCCUGAUGAAGACAAGUUCUGAAGAGAUGACUCUUGAGAGAUCGGAGGAGAAUGCUCCAGAGUGUGACGUAAUAUCAGUGGGCGUGUCCAGUAAGUCUGCGUCGAACGUGACGCUGUUCUCGGAGGCGGUGUGUGCGAGCGGGACGCACAACUUCUCCUACUCCGUCCCGCUCUCGCACUGCUUGCAGCACAAACACGUCGACCUGACCUUCCGAUCAUCAAAACUCCGCGAGUUUCGUCUGUGUGACCUGCAGUGCAAGUACGACACGGCAAAGAACUGCCAGUUGAACCGCGAUAUCGCGCGACCCGUGCCUGGAGACGGAGGCUGGAACUCCCGGAUCAGUCUGGAGUGUAACCUGGACCGGCGCUUGAGGCUGCGUGCCCACUAUGAGACCACUAAGGAGCUGUGUUACCUGAACGUGGACAGUAAAAAUCAGUUUAUUGAGUUCAACAUUCACAUCUACAGAGAUUGCCAUAACUAAACAUAUCAUUUUAUCAAGUCUAGGAGCAAUGUAUUCUUUAUUUAUUAUAUAUGACGGUAGGAUUUAUAUUAUAUCAUGUGGUAGGAGAUGAUAUAAGUGUAUUUAUAUCGUACGGUAGGAGUUAUUUUAAAAUAUUUAUUCAUUCCAAGUGCAAUUAGUAUUGUAUCCGUCCUUAUUCAUCGAAUAUUUACUUAGUACCUAAUGGUGAAGAUUUAAUAUUGAAAUAAGAAGUAAGUAAUAUACUUCCUUUUCAUUAAUAUUUUGAUUUAUAUUUAUAUAAUUAUUGUAUUUUAUACUUGUUUUCAACCAUCAGUGUUACGCAGUAAAAGCUUGUUGACAUUUUUGUUUAUGUGUGUAUUUAUUAUCUAUACAGCUUGUUUCAAGCGUAAUGAAUCCUACUCCUCUAGAAAAUUUGGGGUAAAAAUAUGAUUUUUUUUUUUGUACCUGUAUAAGAUUUUAUUUACAUUAUUAAUAAACACCUAGGUUACUCUUUGUUUUUAUUUUUGUAUUGUAAAUAUUUAAGUAUUUUUUGUAAAGAGUUUAUGUUGUAAACUCUAGAGCGCUUGGUUUAGAUGAAAUCGACGCGGAUUUGUAUUUGAAGAAAUAGUUUAAUUUUACAUAAUGUAUCUCAUUUUUUAUAUUAUUAUUAUCUAAUAUCUCUCCCGGACCGCUAGAUAUAAUCUUAAAGUUCAGAUUGCUACUUUCUUGACAUAUUGUGUGUCGCUCACACUAUGACACUCAGGUGCAUAGGUGCAUGCAUACUAUUCUAAUAUAAAAUACAAAUAAUAGAUAUUAGUAUUUUAUAUUCAAAAUAUCCUUCUACUUCAUCUUUUGUUUCUUUAUUCUUAAUUCAAAUUUUAUUCAUUUAUGUUCUACUUUUAUCCUCGAUAAGCUCGCACGCUCUAUAAUAUAUCGUUGUAAACUCUUCGAUCCAGUGCUUCUCAGGUUCCCCUUACAUCACACAGUAUUUUUCUCAGUAUUGAUGAUGAAAUUGUCAAUAUCUAUCAGUAUUGAAUGUUUCAGACUGUUUUAUUUCUGUGUUUAUAAAAAAUAUCGCGAUGACUUGCAGCAUUCGUACGGAUAUGCUAUAAAUAAAGGUUUUUGUUUAAAUCUGCUUAGGGGUGAUAGAAAAUGCUUUUAUUAAUCGCCUGCAUUAGAAAAUUAAAAAUGCUCAACCACUUUAACUACUGUAUAACUUUGAACUAUUAUUAAUUUUAUUCUAAGUAAUAUUUUACGUUACAACAGCAGCCUCGAUAGAUUAUCUAAAUAUUAUAAGUCAUCUGAAGUAUUAAUUCCUCUAAGAUUUUUUAAUCUACAUGCAAAAUGCACCUUAAACCCAGUUAGGGGUUAUGUACGUGUCCUCGAGCGAAGAAUUGAUUCUGGCUGAACUCGGCAACUUAUAACUCUGCUUCAACUAAUUUGACAGUGGUUUCGCCUCUGCAUGAGGCAUCCUCAGGAGAUGUUGACUCGCCAAACUCUGGAACGAGAGGGUCACUCUCAUGAUUACCUAUUGUAUGACUUAAUAUAAUAGUUGAAUUAAUUAUUACAUAUUAUCAUUUAUGUUGAAAAUCAUACGUUAUCGCUAAUUUAAAAUUAUCGCCAAAGCUAGAGAUUCUCUUACGAGCUUUAAUCGCUAAUAAUUCAUAAAAUAACUGUUUUUGCCUCGAGUUUUGAUGAUAUCUUACUUAGAAUCUUAUAUGCGCAUAGUUAAACGUUCGACAUACACACGCUCUAAAUUUAAAUGUCGUAAACUCUUCGAUCGUUAAGAAUACUCAGUAUUUUUAUCUCGUUUAACAAUGCAAGUAUUCUAGAAUUACAUUUUAGAAUUUUAUCAAUAUUAGGAAGAUUUUUAUACUCUUCUAAUAUCUAGUCUCACAGUAGAAAAUUUAGGACAUCUUCUGCAUCACACGUCGCACUACGGUCGUUAUCCUUAAAAUAUCUGAAGAAAUUCUUGCGCAAUGCUCUUAAGGAGGGACUGUUUUUAAACAGCUGCGGAUGCUCUAAGCUACAGUAUCACGGCACGUCAGUACGUCCUGCAGUAGUUGAUGGUCUAGGCUGUUGGGAUUGGGAGGCUCCUUUGCACAGGAUGCCGGCUAGAUUAUGGUUACCACAACGGGGCCUAUUUAACGACUUAAUAUCUUACGUCUCAAGGUGACGAGCGCAAUUGUAGUGCCGCUCAUAAUUUUUGGGUGUUUCAAGAAUCCUGAGCGGCACUGCAUUGUAAUGGGCAAGGCGUAUCAAUUACCAUCAGCUGAACGUCCUGCUCGUCUCGUCCUUUAUAUUCAUUAAAAAAAACCUGGCUCCCAGAAACUGAUAAUACGUCAAAGUUGACUUGAGAUCGGAGUAAUCUCCCGUUCUACGCUCCGCGUCACUAUACAUUUAGGAAUUAUCGGGUUAUGAUGACCGUUCAUUAUAUUGUAGUAUUAACGUGCUGAUUUUCAAUUUACUACCGAAAUAAACAUUGACCAAAGUGAAAAGAAACAUAUAUAAAUCAAUAUGUGUAAACAAUACCCUCACUUCUGGGAUUAUUACUCAAAUAAAAUUUGAAAACAGAAUUUAUGAACGAUAUGGGACUCGAACCCACGACCUCUCGCGUUCCGUGCGGGCGCUCUUCCAAUUGAAACAAAAAUCUGUUGAUUUGAUAUUAUAUACAUACAAAGACACGACUUCCAAAUGAUUAAUGGCGUAAUUAAUGUAAGUAAAAAAAACAGCUUAUUUUCAAUUAUGUUUUAUUGGUGAGUGUAAUGAAACAUUACUUGUUGUCAAAAAGCGUCCCAAUUAGUACGCUUUUGAGUCAUGCAACGUGCUCGCUAAUAAUCUCCUUUUUAACCGACUUCGGUUUUUUUUUAUGUAUGUACAUCGAUCACGCUGAGCUAUUUGAUCUGAUUUACGUAAUUCGAUGCGGAAUAGAUGCCAUUUGGUCCCAUAAAUUUUUUAAAUAGUUUGGCCCACUAGUUUUCUAUCUGUUGUUAUUUAUCAUUAACAUCUUUCAAGUGCUAACAAUUUUAUUUUAUAAUUAUCUUCGCCUAUGAUUUAUGAUGUAUAUGAUAUUGAAUGUAGUUAAUUUAAUUUGAAACGAGUAUCAUUUAAACUAUAAUUUUAACUUGGUAUACAUUCCAUUUCAGUACUUAAUUAUUAGUAAGUAGCGGAUGUUUUUUUCUUAUCAAUUAUUCCAAAUGGUAUAUAUAUAGCUAGUAAAGACAUACUGUUUAUAAUUUUAUACUUUAAAAAGAUGUUACUAUAGGAGGUUAUGUUAUUUUGCAUUUCGUCUAAACUAAAACAAUUCAAAUAUUUAAUUAUUUACUUUUGAAUGUAUAAAUUUAUUGUUUCAGAGAAAAUCUUAACUGAAAUUUAGCCAUAUACACUAGAACUUAUGUCUUGCCAUGUAGGAAAUUUGUCCAAUGGUAGUUUUUAGUAAAUUAUAUUGUAGGUUUUAGUAGGAUUGUGUAAACAUUAAUGAUCGCAGAACAUCACGUAGUAAGUUUAAAUUGUACUAAUUAUUGAUAUAAAUCUUUAAAUAAAAUUCAUGUAGGUAAGUUUAAUUAAAUGGCAAUUUAAUGUCACUUUUAACGGAUUGAAUAUGUUUAUGUGCGCUACAGACUAGGUAUAGUACAAGAUUCUACUGCUCAAUUCUAUUGCUCUGUUUUUUUGAUACAACUAAUUUCAGAUCAAUGCUAUAAUAUGUUAACGAUGGGAUAAAAAAUAAUACGAAAUUGGAGUACUGCUACGAUUAUCUAUGGUAUAUGUCAACGCAAGAGAAAAGAUGGAGGGACUGUUACAAACUUUAAUACAAAAUUAAAGUUUUAUUUUUGAUAUUUACGAUAAUCCAUAGUUGUCAAUAAUAAAAGGCCGCCAGCAGAGGCAAUUUUUUUCAAUUCUUUACAUAAUAAAAUGAGGUAAACUUUAUUAAAAAACAAAGAAUUUAUAUAUAUUUUUUAAUUAAGUUAUAUUAUAAAUAUUUAUAACUAUUUUAAAGGCAACCCAUCGCUAAUACAUUAAGGACAUACUCUCUCAACAUUAAUAUAAAAUUAGUUUUAUCAAAUAAAAAACAGAUAGCUACAGAGUCGAGCAGUGGGAUCUUAGACUAGCAGGUACUAUUAAUGUUAAAAGUACAAAACUACAAAAACCAAUCCGUUAAUCCGGUUAUUUACGUGAGGAAUAUAUCUUCCAGUGCUUUUUCGGUGCUUUAACAUCACAAAAUAUUUUUUAGCAUUUUUUAUAAUUUAAUUAUAUUUUUUAGUAUCGAUAUCAUUUUAAAAGAUAGAUUAUAUUUUUUUGUCUCUAAUUUUACGUCAAAGACUUUUAUUGUUAUGUUAAUCUGAAAAUAUAAAUAUAGUUAAGAAUCCAAUAUGAAUUAAAUGAAUUUGAAUCUUCGAGUAUGUUCGUAAAGUAUUAUGUAAAGUUAAACAAAAUAAAUCUAUAAUUUUGUUUGUCACUAUUUUUUACAGUGAAAAAGUUUUUUAAUCUUAGAGAACAUAAAAUUGUUUGUAUUUUGUUAAAUUUUCGUUCGCGAACUAUUACCAUUCCAUUUUAGUCACCCAGAGACAUUUAUUAUUAUAAGUACCUACACACUGUAAUAGGAAAUGAGUUCAAUGACCGAUAUUCUUUAGGCUCGGCGUCAGUUACAAAAUGUAUUUUUUUUUCUUUCUGUUUGGGUUGUGUGUAUAUUUGGUAUCACAAGCAUGUCUAAUUAGCUAUUAUAUUUGUAAUUGUUUAUGUAUAAAUUUGGUGGUAAGUUAAGGUACUUUAGUCUGUAUUAUGAAUCCUAUAAGUAUCAAAGUUUAAUAUGAAAUAAAAUUGUAGAAUUUUA